AUACCGUCAUCCUGUUUGAUGAGUUUGAUAUGUUGUAUAAUGCAACAGAUGAUGUUCUUGCCUCGUGUUUGAUGACUCUUCGUGGCAUCAAAGCCAGAUUACACUUGAGCUAUAACUCAUGGCAACGUUUUGCCACCUUUUUACUAGGAAAUGCGAUUUUAGAAUACCCAACAUUUAUGAGAAUGAAAGAUGCCCUUUUGAAUGAGAAUUCUGUGGAUGCUAUGAAACAGUUCCGAUCCGAUUUUCUGGCUAAUUUUGACCCUAUAUUUGUCGCUGGAAAUAAAAGAAACCUAGCUUUAUUCCUCACAGCAGAAGGAGUUCUUGUACCUGGGGAUAAUGAUGGAACAUUUAAGAUUUCCUCACCUUUAGUGCGCUGGAUGGUCCUUCAGCAAAUAAUUCCUCAUGUAUUUCUGACUUCACCUAAAGUAGAUGUCCCAUACCAUCCUUCGACGGGUACCUUAGACAUCUUUGAGGUCUUAAAACAAGUUAUACGUGUAUUUGAUCGCGAAACAAUAAAAUCUCGUAACUCUUUUAAGUUAGCACGUGUACUUGUUAGCAAUGUGAAUAAUCAGAAAGUUCCUAGGGAAUCAGUGUAUGAUGCAGAACUUUACCAGAUCAUGUCAAAUUGGCUUGGUAGAUUUACAAUAACUGGACAAUGGCAUCUAAAAUAUCGUGCUAGUGAGCACAUAAAUAAUAAGUAUGUCGACAUAGUUAUAUCACAACUUAAUCAUCCAACAAUUGCUCUUGAACUUUUAGCUACAGCAACAAAAAAAGAGCUUAAGGAACACUAUGAACGGGCACUCCUAUACGACAAGAAACUACCUGCAGAUGAAACAUGGGUUGUUCAUUUCACCUGUUGCAAAGACGCCAUUUCAGAGCCAGACUGGCCAACCGAAUCUCAAUUGCAAAAGGGCCUUCGGGUC